AUGGAUGUCUCUUCGAAAUGGCUCCCUCUGAGUCUUCUUCUCAUGUGCAUUGUCCUUCAUGUGAGUGCAAUCAGUCUUGGAGAUGACAAGCUUGACAAAACUAGGUACCAUGAUGAUGAUUGUCGAUUUGGGAGCCAACAACGAUGUGGUGGUAGGUGGGGUGGUCGUGGAGGAGGGCUAGGAGGUGGUCACGGUGGUGGAAGAGGUGGUGGCAUUGGGGGAGGUGUUGGAGGAGGAGGAGGUUUAGGUGGUGGUGGAGGUGUUGGAGGUGGUGUAGGUCAUGGUGGUGGUAUUGGAGGGGGUGUAGGAGGUGGUGGUGUUGGAGGUGGUUUGGGUCAUGGUGGUGGAACUGGAGGAGGAAUUGGGGGCGGUGGUGGAGGUGGUGGUGGUGGAGUUGUUGGGGGUUUUGGACACGGUAGAGGCUUUGGAGCUGGAGGUGGUGUAGGCGGUGGAGGUGGAGGUGGCGGUGUAGGCAGAGGAUCUAGCCAUGGGGGUGGGUUUGGUGCAAGUGGAGGUUUAGGAGGUGGAGCUGGUAGUGGUAUAGGUGGAGGGUCAGGUCAUGGCGGUGGGAUUGGUGCAGGUGGGGGUCUUGGAGGUGGUGGUGGUGGUUCUGGAGGAGGCAUAGGGGUGGGUGCAUGAAGUGGUCAUGGUGGUGGCCAUAGAGGAUGCAUUGGAAUUGGUAUUGGCAUUGGCAUUGGAAUUGGUGGUGGUGUAGGCCACGGAUCUGGAAGUGGGUCUGGUAGUGGCAGUGGCGGCGGUGGUCAUUGAGAGUUAAAACUCAUCAUACCUCUAGAUAUGUACUUUUGCAUAUUUGAACAAAUUUAUAAAACUGGAACUCUCGUUUUCGAGUUAUCUUUUUAACAAUA